AUGCAGUAACCCUAGCAAGACAAGCUGGAGAGGUGGUUCGUGAAGCCCUGAAAAAUGAAAUGAAUGUUAUGAUUAAAAGUUCUCCAGCUGAUUUGGUAACUGCUACUGACCAAAAAGUUGAAAAAAUGCUUAUCUCUUCCAUAAAGGAAAAGUAUCCAUCUCACAGCUUCAUUGGAGAGGAAUCUGUGGCAGCUGGGGAAAAAAGUGUUCUAACAGACAAUCCCACAUGGAUCAUUGACCCCAUUGAUGGGACAACUAAUUUUGUACAUAGAUUUCCUUUUGUCGCUGUUUCGAUUGGCUUUGUUGUAAAUAAAAAGAUGGAAUUUGGAGUUGUGUACAGUUGUGUGGAAGAUAAGAUGUAUACUGGCAGGAAAGGAAAAGGAGCCUUUUGUAAUGGCCAAAAGCUACAGGUUUCUCGACAAGAAGAUAUUACCAAGUCACUCUUGGUGACCGAGUUUGGCUCUUCUAGAACACCAGAGACUGUAAGAAUUAUUCUUUCUAACAUGGAAAAGCUUCUUUGCAUUCCAAUUCAUGGGAUCCGGGGUGUUGGUACAGCAGCUGUUAAUAUGUGCCUCGUGGCAACUGGAGGAGCAGAUGCAUACUAUGAGAUGGGAAUUCACUGCUGGGAUAUGGCAGGAGCUGGCAUUAUUGUCACUGAAGCUGGCGGAGUGCUGAUGGAUGUAACAGGUGGACCAUUUGAUUUGAUGUCACGAAGAAUAAUUGCUGCAAGUAGUCGAACAUUAGCAGAAAGGAUAGCCAAAGAAAUUCAGAUAAUACCUUUUCAAAGAGAUGAUGAAGAUUAAUUACAACAGUCUCCUAUUCAGUCACAGUUGUUUUUUGCAGAUUUGCUGAAGCACUAAUGAACAUCUGUUUCAGAUAUAUGAUGUGAUUGAUUUGAAUGAUCUUUGAUGUCCUGAUUAAAAAAUUGGAACUUGUUCUAUACUUUACUAAGAUCAGGUAUGCAAGUAUAGAUGCAAUGUUUGUUUCAUUGUUUUUUAAAAAUCUGUGUGUAAAAAUGUACUUUGGGAAAAAUACACAAAAAAUACUGUUUAUGAGCUAAGUAUAAUGUUAGUUGAAAUAGUCAGUUUAGCAGUUUUGCAUUUUUAAGUAUAGAUGGCCCUCUAAAAUUUUGACUUAUUAAUUAUAAACACUCAAAUAAAAAGUCACCUAUUUGGAAAAAACUUAUCUCUUUAGUUCCAAAACUCAUAUUGAAUUACAUUUGUAGGGCUAUAAUGUUUAUGUCCUAGACUAAAGUUUCCUUCUUUGUAGAGAAUUUUGUUCUAUACGUCAGAGUACAAACAGCACCUAGCACAGUACCUGUUAAAUAGUAGGCAAUCCCAAAAGAAUUAUUAUAAGAAUGAAUAUUUUGAAAGCAGCAAUUCCUUGUGAUAUGGUUAGAGUACCCCUACUGAAACUUUCGGUGUAAGUUGACACACAUUGGGUCACAUUGGUUGGUGGGGUGGAGUGGAAGACGAUAUGGGGACAGAUUCCUUAUUAAUAGAUUAAUGCCAACAGGUUGUCAGGAAUUCCCUCCAGAGUGGGUUGAUAUAAACCCAGUCAGCUGACUGCUGGUCUCUCUUUGCACAUGCUUGUGUUUUUCUUUCCUCUUCUCUUGGCCAUGUUGUGACAUAGAACCAGAAACCAGUGAGAUGCCAGGCCCCUUGCCUUUGGACUUUUUAACUGUCAGCAUCAUGAACCAAAUAAGCCUCCAUUCUUUAUAAAUUACACAGUCUCGGGUGCUAGCAUCACAAAUAGAUUAAGACACCUAGUUAUAAUAGAUACAUAAAUAAACUCACUGUUCUGUAUUUUCAUUUCAGGUUUUGAAGUAAAAAUUACCCAGUUAUCCUUUUUAUGUUUCUCAUUCACAUUAACAUACUGCCAGAUAGCAUUGCUUAAUGUGGACAAUUUAAUAUACUUUCUCAGAGCAUUUACAGUAUAUGUUAGAUUCUCUAAGGUCUGUGUGUAAGAGAGAAGAAGCUUUCCAAAAAACAAUUACCUCAGGUAUCUGAUAUAACUAGAUACAGUAUAACAUUUUACUAAAUUCAGUAUUCUUAGUUUAAAGAUGUUUACGGUUGGCACAUACGCUGUAUUGUUAAUAUUGAACACAUUUGAUUUUUCUCCAUAUUUCUUAUUUAACUUUGUUGCUGAUAGAUUUUAAUUAGCUUUUUCAAUACUGUUUAAUCAAACACCUCAUCCUCCUUUUUAAACAAAAUUGAUCUUAUUCUAUCAUGUACUUAUUUGUGAAACACUCUUUGUCUUUGUUAUGAAUUCCUAGCUAUUCCUAGAAAUUAUUUCUAGUGUAGAGGCAGUAGUUUACCUGUGAUCAUUGUGGCUCAGUUGUUCUUAACUUCAAGGUCUAGAGUGGAGUCUAAGAUGUUAUGUUUAAAGAAAGAAAAGAAUAAUCAUUUCAGUCUUUUCUUUUGCCUCAUAUCAAUAUAACUAUUCUGUCUCAUUUAGAAAAUAAAAUACUUAUUGUUACCUAAUUAAUAUAUGUACAUAAUUUAAAUGUUCAACUAAUACAAAAAGUUCAGAACAAAAAAGAGCAUUUUCUUAUCCCAUUGUCUCCCCACCUCUGAGUCCAUCUUCCUAAACACCUUUAGCGGUUGUUUCUGGUACUAAAAAAUAAAGUACUGAAACUGAAAAAGAAAAUCAUACUGGAUUAUAGACACUUCUAAAGGAUUAACUUAUUAAUGUUGCUUGUCAUGUGAACAGACUCUUAAGCUUUGUUAUAGGCUCUUGUGAGCCUUGCAGUUGAUGAGAUGAAAAGUGCUUCAAUAAAUAUAAUUUUCUAGGUAGGAUGUUGUUUUAUUUUUGUGUAAAGCUAAUAAAUUAAAUAUAUAUGA